AUGAUGGCGAUGACAGCAAGCCCCCCUAUUCAACCGCUGCCUAUACCAGUGCCACAGACGAUUGUGCCAUCAUGGCCCCAGCCUGAGAUAGACGUGAUCACACCGGCCGUGAGCCAGCCGCCAGUUGUGACCACAAUCAACCACCAAGUUGUACAACACCAGCCUCCAAGUCAGACGACACCUACACCUACAAGUCCAACAGAAACACCCGUUAACAACAACACGCCCGUCAACAACAAUAACAACAAUCCAGGCACACCGACAGAAAAUAAACAAAAUCAAAAUAUAGAAUGCGUUGUAUGUGGUGACAAAAGCUCUGGCAAGCACUAUGGUCAAUUUACAUGUGAAGGAUGUAAGAGUUUCUUCAAGCGUUCCGUUCGACGGAACCUGACAUAUACAUGUAGGGGUAACAGAAACUGUCCCAUCGACCAACAUCAUCGCAAUCAAUGUCAAUACUGCAGGCUAAAGAAAUGUCUCAAAGCAGGGAUGAGACGCGAAGCGGUCCAGAGAGGACGAAUUCCACCACAGCACCCGGGGCUACCUGGGUUAAUCAAUGGGGACCCUCUCAAUGGCCAUACCUACUUAUCAAGCUUCAUUUCCAUGCUUCUCCGGGCCGAGCCAUACCCUAUGUCUAGAUACGGACAGUGCAUGCAGCCUAACAACAUAAUGGGUAUAGAAAAUAUCUGUGAAUUAGCAGCUAGACUGUUAUUCUCGGCCGUGGAAUGGGCGAGGAACAUCCCAUUCUUUCCUGACUUACAAGUAACAGACCAAGUCUGUCUUUUGAGACUUAGUUGGAGCGAACUCUUUGUGUUAAAUGCAGCCCAGUGCAGCAUGCCCCUCCACGUAGCCCCUCUUUUAGCAGCCGCCGGGCUACAUGCGUCACCAAUGGCAGCAGAUAGGGUGGUCGCCUUUAUGGACCAUAUUCGUAUUUUCCAAGAGCAAGUCGAAAAAUUAAAAGCCCUUCACGUGGACUCAGCCGAAUACAGCUGUCUAAAAGCCAUUGUUCUAUUUAGUUCUGACUUAGGACGUGGUACGGAUGCAUCUAGAAUUACAAACAAUAUGAGUAGCAUGAACCAGAUACAGGCAAUGUACCAUCAACCGCAACCUAAACAUGCAUGCGGGUUGUCAGACCAGAACCAUAUUGAAAGCCUGCAAGAAAAAUCACAGUGUGCUCUGGAAGAGUACGUGCGCAGCCAAUAUCCAAACCAGCCAACUAGGUUUGGCAAACUCUUGCUUCGGCUUCCAUCAUUAAGAACUGUCUCUGCCCAAGUUAUUGAACAAUUAUUUUUCGUUCGUCUAGUUGGGAAAACCCCGAUAGAGACCCUGAUCCGGGACAUGCUUCUCAGCGGGGGUUCAUUCAACUGGCCAUACAUGUCCAUACAAUGA